CUAAGUUGGAACCUUGCCAGAAGAUGACCACACAUUCCGGUGUAUUGGAAUUAUAACAUUCGUUAGCAGAUACAAAAAUGGCGAGCUACGAAGAUUGGAAAUCUGAAACUUUUCGCAGUAAAAUAAUUCAGCAAAUAAAUGAAGCCAAGAAGAAUUCUUCAACCACAGUAUCUACAGAGGAUAUGGAAAAAUCUGUUUUUGACAAAGCAAAAAAUAGGGAUGAGUAUUUAGCACUUGUUACAAGAUUAAUACUUCAUUUAAAAGACCACAGGGAGAAGGGACAGACAGACAGUUUAGAAUCUACAGUGAUACAGACUUCGACUUCAGGGAUGAGCAGAGAUGACAAUCCACCUAGCCUGGCAGCAGAGGCUGUAUUGAUGAAAAGUGAAAGUUUACCAGAAGGCACUCCAACUGUCAAAGGAUACGAUUUUAAUGAAGGUAUUGAUUACCAUAAACUUCUACAGUCAUAUACCAGAUCUGGGUUUCAAGCACAGAAUUUUGGCAAAGCAGUGGAAGAAAUCAACAAAAUGAUUGACUGUAAACUACAACCUGUUGCAAAGGAAAACUUAAAGGAAUUGAACAUGCACCCCACAGGUCGUCCACAGACCAAUUGUUCUAUAUUUCUAAGUUACACAUCCAAUCUUAUAUCUGCUGGUGUGAGGGAGGUCCUGAAAUAUCUAGUGCAGCAUAAUAUGGUUGACUGUGUAGUAACAACAGCUGGAGGUAUAGAGGAAGAUUUUAUCAAAUGUAUGGCCCCAACUUACAUGGGGGAGUUUUCUAUCAGGGGGAGAGAACUGAGGGAUAAAGGAAUCAAUAGGAUAGGGAACUUGCUGGUCCCUAAUGACAACUACUGUAAGUUUGAGGACUGGUUGAUGCCGAUAUUGGACAAGAUGCUGGAAGAACAGAAAGAAGAGAAAGUUUUAUGGACACCAUCUAGGAUGAUAGAUCGGCUUGGCAAGGAGAUUAACAACCCAGACUCAGUGUAUUACUGGGCACAUAAAAACAACAUUCCUGUCUACUGUCCUGCUAUCACAGAUGGUUCUCUUGGUGAUAUGAUCUACUUCCAUUCAUACAAAAAUCCUGGACUGGUUUUAGAUCUUGUACAAGAUAUACGUGGUAUAAACAGUAUAGCUGUGCAGUCUGUAAACUCUGGUAUGAUCAUACUGGGUGGAGGUGUAAUCAAACAUCAUACAUGCAACGCCAAUCUCAUGAGGAAUGGAGCUGAUUUCGCUGUCUAUUUGAACACUGCAUCGGAGUUCGAUGGGAGUGACUCGGGGGCCAGUCCAGAUGAGGCAAUAUCCUGGGGCAAAAUAAAGAAGACGGCAAAUCCUGUAAAGAUAACUGCUGAAGCCACACUGGUGUUUCCACUACUUGUAGCAGAGACAUUUGCACGCAGGCAACAAGAAUUCCAAGAUUUCUCUUCAGCAGAAAAGAAAGAUAUUGUUGUCAGGCCUUUAGAAAUUAUAAAAUGACUUGCUCAUGCAGCAGAUUUCAAUUAAAUGAGGAAUCAUAUCUGUGAUAUUUAAUUCAAAGUUUGUGAAAGAUAAACUUAGAAGAAGUUAUUUGCAAGAAUGUACUUCUGCAUGUUUUCUACAGAAAACUUGUCAUCAGUGACUUUUCAU